GAGGUAUCCACAAGACAGUUUGUUGAAUGGAACGGCGUUGAACGGUGCACGGAAACGUAUGUGCCGGAACUGAAAGGAUAUUGGAAAAUCGCUUUUUUAUUGCGGCUGAGAGAUUGUCGGAAUCUGUCCGAAUUUCCUGGGAGGGAAACCAAGUUUUUUUCCGUUCUCCUUCUGUGGAUGUUUUUGUUGUCGACCUUCAUUUGCAAUGAUAUACACAUACACAUUGCGGGUUAAGAGAUUUGUAGCGUGAUACGUGGAAUAUGGAAUGGAUAGACUGUGGUUUUUUGUGGCGUAUCUUCCCUCCGGCCGGAAGCGAUUUGGGAGGGAAAAGAUAACUCUACCGAUAAAGUGGAAAAGGGUCCAAAAUUGAGUUACAGCGAUCGAAUUGUGGCCACUUGGCAGACGAAACCGUUUUUGGCAGAACCCUCCGGACAGAGGGCAUCUAUCCAAGGGGGACGGGUGAGUUUUUAUGUAGUUUUAAUGUAUUGAUAUCCAUCAUCAAAUUUGUGCGUUUGUGUAUGAUGACUUUGAUUUAUUGAACAGGGAUAAAUUGAUGCUGUUUUUUUGUACGCUCGAGCGAUUCGUGUGUAGCGAAACAGUUUAGAUUGAUAUCAAACACUAUUUGCAUACAUGUUGGAAGGUGAUAGUUUUUUUUUCUUCAUUUUAUGCGUUUUGUUUUUUGGCAGAAAGUUUUGAGCAACGAAUGCGAUAGCUUCAUUUUGCAGUAUUUAUCGACGAAAGGUUUUUUGGGCGAGGGUAACCCAUAUUCACACCCGGCAAUGAACGGUUUAUAGACGCUAUCCAUUUCCGUGUUUGACGUAAUCCGAUAAGCUGUUUCUUUCGUACGCCGUUCUCAUCAUAAAUCAAGUGCAGAGUGUAUAGUAGAUAGUGCGAAAAUCGCAUACGCAUAUCCUAUAAAUACGUGAAAUAGGCUCGCGCGAGCAAUCCUCUCCACGUGUCUUGAUGAUGCUGUUCCGCACAGUGGUCGGAGGUAUCGGUAUCGUAUUGCAACAAUCCAUACAUCAUACUGGAGAGGCUGGGCGAACCAGGGCAUCUGCCAGGCACGGGACACAAUCGAGUGCUAAUGUGUGAAGAAGCGUCGAAGGAGUUUGGUAAAAUGAAAUUUGACAGCUUGCCGGUAGUGAAAGAAGUGGUUCUUCCUUGGAGCUACUUUCCGGUGACAGGUGAGCCAGGUGUGGGGGGAGGUUCCAUUCGAGGUGGCCACACACACACUGUCAAGGGCGUGAAAGCAAACACGUAAUGAAGUGUCAUGGGCGGCGCUCAGUUUGCUCGGGGCAAACGUCUUCCACACGCUGCCGGUGGUGAAUUAUGGUUGCCACUUGGAGGAUGAAAUAUCUAUUAUUUAUUGCAAUCACUGACAUCUUCGCAUGAACUUGUCUCGUUUGUUUGGCGGGCUCCGAAAUUCGCACCACCACCGGCAUCGGUACACACGCAAUCGAGUCACGUUUCCGUGGAGAGACGUUUCUUUUGCAUUGCACACGAGGAAAGUAUUACCGCGACGUGAAAGCCACGGUUUCAAAUCCGGAUGCUCCUCGGUACAACCGCCGCGCACACACAAAUCCAAUCAUUAUAAAGUGCUGCCAAUAUAUCAUCGACCCUCUAAAUCGUCAAGAUCGUGUUGAGCGGUUGCUCAAAACGACGCUCGUUGCGUCCUGAGAUGAAUUUAUGUAAAACCAAUCCAAAUAAAUGAACCUGUUAGGGGUAAAGUCAUUUUUUCCCUCACCCGGAAGGAGUUGUACGGUCCAAGGAGUUGUAUUUGCGGGAGUCGGUUUGAAAGCAUCCUUUCACCAGACGACCCACCCAGGAAGAUGAUUUAUUGGCAGUGAUUUAUCGGCUUCUUUGACGCACUGUGCGGAGAUUGUCUUGAGGUUUUUGUUCGACUAAACAGGAAAUCCUUUUUUCGAAACCGAAAUCGUUAAAAUCCGGCGCCACAUUGCCACCGGAAUACGACGGACCAUUAUCGCCGACUGUGCAGGCGUACGAUAUUAUUGAGCGCCGAUUUGAAUACGCAAUUCGAGUGAAUUGAGCCCCGUUUUAUAGUUGUUGUGGCCAAUUGUAUAUGAUGUGGAGAUGUUUUCAUGCAUCACUUUUUACAACACGUAAUGUUUCAUGUAACGCUGUCCAUUCCGCUUGGACAUGCAUGCAUGUCGUGUGUAAUUAGAGUUGUUGUCCGAUAUUGAUCGUUGAUACAACAGAUCACGGUACAUGGAUCAUUUGGGAAAGUACAGUAUUAAAAAGAUAGUAUUGUCUAGUUCCAGUAUCAGUACUGCUGACGGAAGCUACUAUGAACAAGACUCUGGCAAUCGGGUGUAUGUGGGCCAUUCUAUGGUGCCUCUUUGCUCUGGUGGAUGGAGUUCUGUACGAAGUUGUGCUAAACAGCUUUGAAGCCGUUCCACAGGAGUUAGACGACAUGUUGGAUUAUGGGACCAUCCGUUUGACUCGUCAGGGAAAGAAUCAGCUCGGAGUGUCCGGUUCCUUCAGGGUGCUUCAAAACGCUGGUUCAGAAACGCAGGUACGCUGGAUAAUAUAUAAAAUAGACUUAUUUGGAAACAAGCGCAUGUUCAUCAAUGGCGCUGGUUCAUUGUGUGACAUCAUUGCAAAAGAUGAAGUGGUCUACCCUCAUCUGCUGGAGUCGUCUAACUUGCCGCCGCAAGAUUCUUGUCCCUUCCCCAAGGGUAACUACACGAUCCACAACUACGUACUGGAUGAACAGAGGUUUCCACCAGCAGUGCCUGCGAGUGAUUGGAUUAUAGAAACAAUAAUGACCCGCGAUGAUAAAGUUGGGGCUGGUUUUAGAAUUAAUUUUACCACCAAAUGAUAUGUUUUAAGGUUUCGCGAAUGGCGAGCAAUUUAUAAAGCAUUCAUUAGACAUCACGUCAAAACAAGGUUUUUUCUCAAACUUUUGGUAAAAUUCGCGUUUGCUAGAGUUAAAAAAGUUGUCUCAUCAAAUGUUUAAUCGAUAAGCAAACAUCAGCAAGGAUUCUAAUACAAUUUCUGAAAUAC